AAGCAGGACCAGGCACUUGCCUAGCCCCCUGGAUGCCUGUGUGUCCAGCCUCAUCCCUGCUGUCCUCCCUGGGCCCUGUCAGCCGAGGCCUGCUCAGCCUGCGCACCUGGGAGAUGGCUCCUGGGCAAGGCUGUAGGGAGGACCUGCCUCUCCAGGGCCGUCGGGACCAGCAUCAGGAGUACUGAAGACAGCCCAAGGAGUGUCCAGGUGGCAGGGUGCCUGCAUCCCUGGGGAAGCCGUCUCAUAGCCUGGGGGUGGGUGCAGCAGAGGCCCGCGUGACCUAGUGGCUGACAUUCCUCAGCAGCCACACGGCCCCAACUGGCAGGGACAGCUGCAGACAGAGGCUGCACCAGCUUUGUUCCCAGGGUGGCGCCCGCUCCCAGUGCAGAUCCUGUGCCGGCUCUGAGCAACGCUGCUUUCCUUCCUGGGCUCAGCAGGCAGCAGCAUGGUGAGUCCUGCGCCAUGAGCGCCUAGAGGCCCAGAGCCACCAGGGUCUCUUCUGUGUGGGGCGUGGGGCUUCAGGAGAAUGGGGCAGGACCAGACGAAGCAGCAGAUUGAAAAGGGGCUCCAGCUGUACCAGUCCAACCAGACGGAGAAGGCGCUGCAGGUGUGGAUGAAGGUGCUGGAGAAGAACACCGACCUGGUGGGGCGCUUCCGCGUGCUGGGCUGCCUGGUCACAGCCCACUCGGAGAUGGGCCGCUACAAGGAGAUGCUGAAGUUCGCCGUGGUGCAGAUUGACACGGCUCGGGAGCUGGAGGAUGCCGACUUCCUCCUGGAGAGCUACCUCAACCUGGCACGCAGCAAUGAGAAGCUGUGCGAGUUUCACAAGACCAUCUCCUACUGCAAGACCUGCCUUGGACUGCCGGGCACCAGGGUGGGUGCCCAGCUCGGAGGCCAGGUCAGCCUGAGCAUGGGCAACGCCUUCCUAGGCCUCAGCCUUUUCCAGAAGGCCCUGGAGAGCUUCGAGAAGGCCCUGCGCUAUGCCCACAACAACGAUGACGCCAUGCUGGAGUGCCGUGUCUGCUGCAGCCUGGGCAGCUUCUAUGCCCAGGUCAAGGACUACGAGAAAGCCCUGUUCUUCCCCUGCAAGGCUGCAGAGCUCGUCAACGACUAUGGCAAAGGCUGGAGCCUCAAGUACCGGGCCAUGAGCCAGUACCACAUGGCCGUGGCGUAUCGCCUGCUGGGCCACCUGGGCAGUGCCAUGGAGUGUUGUGAGGAGUCUAUGAAGAUUGCCCUGCAGCAUGGGGACCGGCCACUGCAGGCACUCUGCUUGCUCUGCUUUGCCGACAUCCACCGGAGCCGCGGGGACCUGGAGACUGCCUUCCCCAGGUACGACUCCGCCAUGAGCAUCAUGACUGAGAUUGGAAACCGCCUGGGGCAGGUGCAAGUGUUGCUGGGUGUGGCCAAAUGCUGGGUGGCCAGGAAGGCACUGGACAAGGCUCUGGACGCCAUCGAGAGAGCCCAGGACCUGGCCGAGGAGGUGGGGAACAAGCUGAGCCAGCUGAAGCUGCACUGUCUGAGCGAGAGUAUCUACCGCAGCAAGGGGCUGCAGCGGGAGUUGCGCGCCCACGUCGUGCGCUUCCACGAGUGCGUGGAGGAGACCGAGCUCUACUGCGGCCUGUGCGGGGAGUCCAUUGGUGAGAGGAACAGCAGGCUGCAGGCCCUGCCCUGCUCCCACAUCUUCCACCUCAGGUGCCUACAAAACAACGGGAUCCGGAGCUGCCCCAACUGCCGCCGCUCCUCCAUGAAGCCUGGCUUUGUGUGACACCAGCUGCCAUCUUGAGUUUCCACCUCGCCUCCCCCUGCUGCCUCCAGCAUGAUGCUGGAGGCCCCCUGAGCUGGAAACCCCCUGGCUGGGCGGUGCUUGGAUGCCUGUUUACUCCUGGGUGUUGGCCAGCACUGGGCCUGCCCACUGCUGCCCCUCUGAGCCCAGCUGUCCUGCCCACCUCCCACCUCUUUGUACUUUGCUCUUUAUAGGAAAAUAAAUCAUUCGUACCUGGUCCCAGGGCUUCUGACUUUCCCCAGUGGAGGCCUGAGGGGGCAGGGCAGAGGGGAGUGAGGCCCCGGUGUGUGCACCCUCAGGCACCAGUGUUCCUUCCACGCCUAGGCACCAGCGCCUCCAGGUGCCUUUCCAGGUACUGGGGAUACCUCAGUGAACCAUGGGUAGGUUCACCACACAGUACACCACACAGCUGGCACACUAAACAGGCAAUGUAUAAAGUUUGCUAGAAAGUGAUAAGGGCUUUGGAAAACUAAAGAGUAGAUCAGGGUUCCUUUUCCUCCUCUUCAUCCCCUUCAUUUCUCUUCCUAAACAAUUCAGUCCUGAAACCAUUAGUUGGGAUGCUGGAGCCAAGAAGGGUGAGGAAGAUGUCCACACAGGGGAGGCCCCAGUGUGGGGAGUCAGAGCCUGAGUGGAGAGAGAAGGGCACCCACAUAUAGGGGCAGCUCGGCCUGGAGUGUCAAAGCCCAGGUAAGAAGGGAGUCCCUGCAGAGUCAAGGCCUGGUGCUUGGUAUUGGAGCCCAGGCAGGGUGAGGGGGACAUCUACGUGGGUGGGUGGUCUGGGGGGCAAAAGCCUGAGCAGGGUAAGCAGGGUGUCCCCACAUAGGAACAGAGCAAGGUAAGGAUGAGAAGGACGCCCAUGCAUAGGGCAGCCUGGGGCAGGGUGUCAGAGCUAGAGCAGGGUGAAGAGGGCACUGCAUGGGAAGUCAGAGCCUGAGCAAGGUGAGGAGGACAGCUACGUGGCGGUAGAGAGGGGCCAGUGCAAAGUGUCAGAGACCAAGCAGGGUAGAGGGCAGCCUGGCUUGGGGCGUUAGAGCUUAAAGGGGGUGAGGGGCAUCCAAGUUGGGGAAGGUCCAUGUGAGGGUGAGGUCAGAGCUCGAGUGGGUGGAGCAUCCACGCAUUUGGGUGUCUUGACAUAGGACUUCAGAGCCCAAGCAGGGUGAGGAGGGGAACUGUACAUGGGAGGGAGUGGUGACAGGGAUGGGAAAUUGGUUACAUAGGUGGGGGGGCUGAUCAAAGAAGUAAAUAUACUAAGGAUAAUGGAAAUCAGGCUUCUCACUGUUGAAGAUGGAGGUUACAAAUUUGAAGAAGGAAAAAACCAGAAGGCACCCUGUGGUAUUGAAUUGGAACUGUAGGUAUCAGAGUGAACUCAUGGAUUUCAAAAUGUAUCACUAGAUCUAUAAGUAAAUAUAGAUAUAUAUAUGUGUAUAUGUCCACCGAGAGGCAGUGACAUGCCAAAGGUAAUGAGCAUACCUACAGCCCAGAUCUUGACUUCUAAAUACCAUGCUCUAUCCACUGAAAGGAACCAAGGCUCUUUAGAGAAAUAUCUGAUUCCAGGCCUGGGGUAAGGGAAGUACAUGAUAAGGCCAGGAUAUCUUGUACCAGAAAGCAAGGAAAAGCUGAAGUAAUGCUGAUAGCUCAAAAAGACACAGGUUGAGUGGCUUCUCACUGGCCAACUCUGAGAAAUUAGCAUCAAAAUAAAUAAUGAUAUUCACAUACUGUAUUGAAUGAAAUGAGAAUCCAUACUGACACAAAUAAAUGAAUAAAUUGAAAAUUUGAUGUGGAAUGGAAUAUUUACCUAGUUCCAUAGUACUUCCCACAGAAUACUUACUAAGCUCAAAGGGAGAAAAGAGUAACUUGGAAGUGGAGAAGGCUGACGGAUACCAGCUUAAUCAACUGACAAAGGUUAGCACCUUCAGGAAUGGGACAAAUUGAAAUCAUUGGUUACCUGAGAAACUCAGCAUCACUUCUGUAAUAUUCCUGCCAAAGAGGCAUGUUGUUGUUGUUAGGUGCUGUUGAGUUGGUUCUGACUCAUAGCAACCCUAUGUACAACAGAACAAAAUACCGCCCAGUCCUGCACCAUGCCCACAAUUGUUACGCUUGAGCCCACUGUUGCAGCUACUGUAUCAGUCCAUCUCGUUGAGGGUUUUCCUCUUUUUCACUGACCUUGUACUUUUUACCAAGCAUGAUGUCCUCCUCCAGGGACUGACCUCUCCUGACAACGUCCAAAGGAGCAUUCUGGUUGUGCUUCUUCCAAGACAGAUUUAUUCGUUCUUUUGACAGUCCAUGGUAUAUUCAAUAUUCUUUGCCAACACCACAAUUCAAAGGGGUCGGUUCUUCUUUUGUCUUCUUUAUUCAUUGUCCAUCUUUCGCAUGCAUAUGAUGAAUUGAAAAUACUAUGGCUUGGGUCAGGUGCACUUUAGUCUUCAAGGUGACAUCUUUGCUUUUGAACACUUUAAAGAUGUCUUUUACAGCAGGUUUCUCCAAUGCAAUGAAUCGUUUGGUUUCUUGACUGCUGCUUCCAUGGGUGUUGAUUGUGGAUCCAAGUAAAAUGAAAUCCUUGACAACUUCAGUAUUUUCUGCAUUUAUCUCGAUGUUGCUUAUUGGUCCAUUUGUGAGGAUUUUUGUUUUCUUUAUGUUGAAGGGUAAUCCAUAUUGAAGGCUAUGGUGUUUGAUCUUCAUCAGUAAGUGCUUCGAGUCCCCUUCACUUUCAGCAAGCAAGGUUGUGUCAUCUGCAUAAUGCAGGUUGUUAAUGAGUCUUCCAUCGAUCUUGAUGCCCCAUUCUUCUUCAUAUAGUCCAGCUUCUUGGAUUAUUUGCUCAGCAUACAGAUUGAAUAGGUAUGGUGAAAGGACCUGACGCACACCUUUCCUGACUUUAAACCAGUCAGUAUCCCCUUGUUCUGUCCAAACAACUGCCUCUUGAUCUAUGUAAAUGUUCCUCAUGAGCACAAUUAAGUGUUCUGGAAUUCCCAUUCUUCACAAUGUUAUCCAUAAUUUGUUAUGACCCACACCAUCAAAUACCUUUGCAUAGUCAAUAAAACACAGGUAAACAUCUUUCUGGUAUUCUCUGCUUUCAGCCAAGAUCCUUCUGACAUCAGCAAUCAUAUCCCUGGUUCCUACGUCCUGUUGUGAAUCUGUCCUGAAUUUCGGGUAGUUCCCUGUCGAUACACUGCUGCAGCCACUUUUGAAUGAUCUUCAGCAAAAUUUUACUUGCAUGUGAUAUUAAUGAUAUUGUUCGAUAAUUUCUGGAUUCCUUUAGAUCACCUUUCUUGGGAAUAGGCAUAAAUACGGAUCUCUUCUGGUCAGUUGGCCAGUCUUCCAGAUUUCUUGGCAUAGACGAGUGAACACUUCCAGCGCUGCAUCUGUUUGUUGAAACAUCUCAAUUGAUAUUCCAUCAAU